AUGCGAUACGAAAACUGGGAUGUCUUGCUCUUCCCCGAGCAUCGCAACGUGCCCAUCCAGGAGUUCAAAACUCAAUGCUUCGUGACCAGAGAUACUAAUUCUCCCUACCUUCACUUUUCUACCGCCAUGGGUCCUCCUUCCUACUAUCCCACCAUCCAGGGCAACAUCGGUCAAGUUCCUGUCCUGACGAGUUUCAUUCCGAGCAUGCCCAAAGACAGUGGUUUUCGUGUCUCGGUCCACAGUUGGGAAAAGCCGCGUCCUAGUCGUUUUAUGGAGAAGUUAAUGCAGGCGGGGGACGUGUUGGUGUUUGAGGCACGAAUCUUUGUGGAUGGGCAGCUUAUUGGGGGCGGUGUUUUUGGUCAAAAGGCUCUAUGGCCUUAUGUGAUCGAUCUAAGCUCUAAUAUCGACAGAGACGGCAAUCAAGAUAGCCUUCGCUUCCCUGCUUUCCACCCCGAGAUCUUGGACCAACAACAUUGGGAUGCUGGAGACCUCUUUGGUCGAAUCAAGGUCAUCAUUUCCGAAGGAUUUGCUCGUCCAAAUCGAUCCCCUCCCUUUGAGAGGGUCAAGGAUGUGAUCUCUUUGUCUUUCCAGCACGCCCCUCUCAGCAUUCUAGAGUAUUCCAACAUUGCAUGGCCCAACUCCAACAUGUGGACUGAUGCUUUGCGGGCCGAUUCCAAGUACAACUCUACAAGAAACCCCGAUGGGCCGAAGCCAGACGAUACUACACCACAUGGGCAUUCCCCAUCUCGAGCAGAGCCUCGAUCCGUGCACCCCACUAGCAGCGAGUCAAGCGGUAGCCGGGGAGAGGUUUACAAUGCUUGGGUCUCUAAUCGCGCCUUUCCUGUCCCUAUAAGCCAAUGGGAUCGCCAGGGAUCAGAACGUCGAUUGGGGUAUCAUCCAGACCUUUAUGCGGAUCGUUACUUUGAGCCGUUUACGAUAGCGACAGAAAAUCUCAUUGGAGAUUUGACAAACAAUGAAACCUGGCACCAUCGGGGUGCUCAAUCUUCCCGUGAAGAUGUUCCCAUGCCAGACUACUCCAGUACUUCCAGCAGCCGUGUCUUCUCGAGCGUAACUGGCAUGAGCUAUGAACAUAGCAAGCAGCCCAGCAUGGCAACACCCAUUGAUGAUGAUCAAUAUAACGAUCUGGUCCAAUCCCUGACCCCUACGAAGCUACCACCCACUAUAGGUACUCGUGCUCCUUCCAAUACACCCUCAGCUCUACUUGCAGCGGCCAAGCCGUCUGCAGAGCAAGCUCGUUCAACUGCGCUUUCACAAUCCAGCACCCGCGCUUCUGCUCUACGAGAACUUUCCCAGUCUAGCACUCGCAAUGUGUCCGGAUCAAGCAUCAAGUCACUAUCAAGUGAGAAAUUUUCAACUCCGUCCAAGCUCGGCAAUAGCCCUAAAGGCAAUAUCAAAGGUAAAAAAGAACGGACGAAGGAAAAGUCCAAAGAACACUCACAAAAGAGUCUUGGAGAGGUUGCAGAGGUCGCAGAGGUCGCAGAGGCUAUAGAGACUGCAAAGAUCACAGACGUUAAAGUCGAGGACCCAAAGGAGAAUGUCACACCACGGGAUAUUGAGGACGAGGCAGAAGGUGUGUGUGAGAAGGAUACCGAAGAAAUUGUUGCGUAG